AUGGAUGUUCCCGGAGAGACGGAUGAUACUAUCUCUGUGGUCUCAAGCGACGAUUCCUCAGUCUUUGACCAGCAUUCAGACAACUCCAGCUACACAGCGUCUCUCCUCUCAGAUGUGCAGAAUUAUAGAUACGAAAACAACCGACGUUAUCAUUCCUACCGGGAAGGACAUUAUGUGCUCCCCAAUGACGACCAAGAACAAGAUCGACAAGAUCUGCUCCAUCAUGUUCGAAACCUAGUGCUGAACGGCCAGCUCUUCCUCGCUCCACUGGGAGAUAAUAUCCACCGAGUUUUGGACGUCGGGACUGGCACUGGCAUCUGGGCCAUCGACUUUGCAGACUCUUUCCCCAACGCCGAGGUGAUCGGCACCGAUUUGAGUCCUAUCCAGCCAUCGUGGAUCCCACCCAACUUGCAAUUCAUUGUGGAUGAUGCUGAAUCACCAUGGAUGUACAGUACCAAACGGCCCUUUGACUUCAUCCAUGCUCGCGAUCUCGGGGGUGCCAUCACCGACUGGCCGCGUUUGAUUCGGCAAAGCCAUGAACAUCUUCGGCCUGGGGGUUGGCUUGAGCUACAGGAGUUUGAGGUAACGCUGAGAGCGGACGAUGAUUCAAUGCGUCUGGCGCCGACUUUGUGCGAGUUUCUCCGGCAUUUGCAGGCGGCCAGUGAGGCAUUUGGUCGUCCGAUGAAUAUGGCCGAGGGACAUCGCCAGAGGUUGAUUGAGGCUGGUUUUGAAGAUGUCAAGGAUGAAAUGUACAAGGUCAUCUCUACUCCGUGGGCUGAUGAUCCUGUGCAAAAGGAGAUCGGCCGUUAUAACAUGUGCUCUCUUCUCAUGGCAGUCGAAGCCUACUCACUGGCUCUGUUCACUCGGGUUCUUGGUUGGUCCAACGAGGCUACUCAAGUGUUCCUGGCAGGCGUGCGUAGUGAUAUCAAGAAUCCCGCCGUCCACUCGUAUUGCUACUUGCAUAUCGUUUACGGUCGGAAGCCAAAUUCCUAG